AAAGGCUUCCUCCAGCAAGUAACAAUACAACCUCAGCCCUAUCCGCUGCAGGCGCAGUAUACCAGGAUGAAGUUCUUUAUAGACGACCUACCAGUGCUCUUCCCAUACCCCAGGAUAUAUCCUGAGCAAUAUGCCUACAUGUGCGACCUCAAGCGCACUCUUGACGCAAGGGGUCACUGCGUUCUCGAGAUGCCUUCGGGUACGGGUAAAACCGUGUCUCUUCUUUCUCUCAUCGUAGCGUACCAGCAGUUCCACCCCGAGACACGGAAACUGAUCUACUGCUCGCGUACCAUGUCAGAGAUCGAAAAAGCUCUGGCCGAGCUGAAAGGCCUGAUGAAGUAUCGCACUGAGCAGCUAGGCUAUGAAGAAGAGUUCCGCGGCCUCGGCUUAACUAGUCGGAAAAAUCUCUGUCUGCAUCCGUCUGUUAAGCGUGAGAAGAGUGGCGCCAUAGUCGACGCGCGCUGUCGAAGCCUAACGGCUGGUUUCGUCAAGGAAAAGAAAGAGCGCGGGGAGGACGUCGAUCUCUGCGUCUACCACGACAAUCUUGAUCUUCUGGAGCCGCAUAAUCUGAUCCCGCCUGGCGUGUGGACGCUGGACGGUAUGCAGAAGUACGGCGAGCAGCAGAAGCAAUGUCCGUACUUCACCGCGCGCCGCAUGAUGCCGUAUUGUAAUGUUAUUAUUUACUCCUACCACUACCUGCUCGAUCCUAAAAUCGCAGAACGAGUGUCUAGAGAACUGUCGAAAGACUGCAUCGUCGUGUUCGACGAAGCUCACAAUAUCGACAAUGUGUGCAUCGAAUCCCUAAGUAUCGAUUUGACCGAAGAUUCGCUGCGCAAAGCGGCCCGUGGUGUCAACAAUCUAGACCGCAAGAUCACAGAGAUGAAGUCCACAGAUGCCGAAAAACUCCAGAAUGAAUACGCCAAAUUAGUAGAAGGCUUACGAGAAGCUGAAGAGGCUAGGGACGAGAACGCAUUCAUGGCUAACCCAGCCUUACCAGACGACCUGCUCAAAGAAGCCGUACCAGGCAACAUCCGUCGCGCAGAGCACUUCGUCGCCUUCCUAAAACGCUUCAUUGAGUACCUUAAAACUCGCAUGAAAGUGCUUCAUGUCAUUUCCGAAACGCCCCCUUCCUUCCUCAGCCAUCUUCGCGAACUCACAUUCAUCGAACGCAAACCCCUCCGAUUCUGCGCCGAGCGACUCACGUCUCUCGUCCGCACCCUCGAGCUCACCAAUAUCGAAGACUACCAGCCCUUACAAGAAGUCGCGACCUUCGCGACCCUCAUCUCCACCUACGAAUCCGGCUUCCUCCUCAUCCUUGAGCCCUUCGAAGCCGCCACCUCCACAGUGCCCAACCCCAUCCUCCACUUCACCUGUCUCGACGCUGCCAUCGCCAUCGCCCCUGUCUUCGAGCGUUUCUCGUCCGUCAUCGUCACUUCGGGCACCAUGUCUCCGCUAGAUAUGUACCCCCGCAUGCUGAACUUCUCCACCGUCGUCCAAGAAUCUUUCACCAUGACACUAACCCGCCGGUCCUUCCUCCCCAUGAUCGUGGACCGUGGCUCCGACCAAAACCAAAUCACCUCCCAAUUCGAACACCGCAACGACCCGCAAGUCGUCCGCAACUUCGGCAACCUACUCAUCGAAUUCUGCAAACUAACCCCGGAUGGGGUUGUAGUGUUCUUCCCUUCCUACCUCUACAUGGAGAGUAUAAUAUCCAUAUGGCAAGGCUCGCACGUCCUCAACGAAGUCUGGAAAUACAAACUCAUACUGGUAGAAACUCCCGACGCUCAGGAAACUUCCCUCGCACUCGAAACCUACCGGACUGCGUGCAACAACGGGCGUGGGGCGGUGCUACUGUGCGUUGCGCGGGGCAAGGUCUCAGAGGGCAUUGAUUUUGACCAUAACUACGGCCGCGCUGUGUUGUGCAUGGGUGUGCCGUACCAAUACACAGAAUCUCGUAUUCUUAAAGCAAGGCUGGAAUUUCUCCGCGAAACAUACAGGAUUAAGGAAUCUGAUUUCCUGUCUUUCGACGCCAUGCGCCACGCAGCACAAUGUCUAGGCCGCGUUAUCCGCGGGAAAGACGAUUACGGGAUCAUGGUUCUCGCGGAUAAACGGUUUGGCAAGAAAAUCACCCAACUGCCUAAGUGGAUUCAAAUGGCACUAGAUACGAGUAAUACGAAGCUGAGUGUCGAUCAAGCGGUAUCCCAUGCGAAAGCCUUUUUGCGCGAUAUGUCGGUGCCGUGGACAAGGAGUGAGCAAGAAGGUAUAAGUACGUGGAGCUUGGUGGAGCUAGAGAGCCAUCAGGCGAAGAAGAGGGUGGAGAUUUUGCAAGGGAGGGAGGAUAGGAGUGCGGAGGGGAGAGCCGUGGAGAUUGGAGUUGGGGUGGAGGAUGAGUUUGGCGAUCAGGACAUGGAAGCUAUUAUGGGGGAUCUGGAUGCUUGAGGGUGGUGGGACUGAUGAUAUGUGGAUGGUGACCUGAAAUUGGAUCUUGGAAGGUUUGGACGGCUGUAUGAUUAGGAGCUGUGGGGACUUGCCCAGCGUUUUGGCGUGUGGACGCGUGUUUGGAUAAUAAUGCCU